UUAAUUUGUUGUUACAAAUGUUAUUUUACCUGUUAAUUCAUCCUGCGCACGUCAACCUCAACACUUGGAUUGUUUUUACAUUGUUUUAUGGUUCUUUUUUAGUAACAAUUGUGUUGCUAUAAAAACAAGCCCAAAUUUUCUGUUCAAUUAGCAAGUUUCAUUUCUGUCUUUUAUUGGGGGUAUUUUUUUUGCUAAGUGUUACCUAACACCUUAAAGGGGGAAAAAAAAAAGAAGUGAAAGUUUAGUUUUAAUUCGUCUGCAGAAAUCCAAAAGGGAAUAUUGGAAUUUUGAGCUGUUUUUUUUACUUCUUCUAAUGCAAUUGGAUUUAAUUGCAUCUCCUUAAUAUAUCACAUACCCCUGGGUAAAUAUGACAUGCUGUGGGAUUAUUACACAUUUGGGUCGUUUAGAAAAUAGUGGCUGUUUACACUGUUGCUGCUUCAUUAAUGCAACAUAACCCCAAAAAAAAAAAAAUGAAAAAGUUUGAUGAAAAAGAAAUUUGACAAUCAUGAAUGUAAAUUUUCUUGCCAGUGUUGUGUUGCUGGUUUAAUCCCAUGUUAUUUUAGUAUAUUGCAUAGGUUUGUUUAUUUCUGUUAACAUACAGCUGUGGUAGCCCUGUACACACCUUGUGUGUGUGUGAUGUUGUGGUUAUGUGUUUAUAUACAGCCCUUGGAAUUUACAUUUGCAAAUCUUCAUUUGACACUUUGGAAAUGUUUGUCCUUAGCAGGAGAGAGAGAGAUGGAGGAUAUGUGUACAAGUGUUAGAACAGGAGGUUGAGCUCCUCACACAGAGAAAAUGAUGUUAGAGGCUGCCCUGUGGAUUAGGACUAAAUUGCCCUUGUUUUACAGUUUGCAUGUAAAAGCAGCCCACCCCAAAAAAAGUCAGAAAAGUGGGUUUAUUUUUCAAGUUUAGUAUCAGCCCUCCCUUCAAACAAGUCCCCCUCCCCACACAUACAUUUUGACAGUGACUAAUAUAAAAAUAUUUCGGUAUAUGAGAAAAAAAAGUUUACACCCCUGCUAAAUCCCCAAAUGCCAGAAUAACAUCCCAGAUUAUCAUGCUUGUCUCCUAUCUACAUAGUAAAGGAGGGCAGCAAUGGAAAUGGUCGCAGUGAUACAUGUGUCCUGUGCUGGGGAAUAUGGACUGACAAACAGCUUUUAGGGAGGCAACAGGGACCUGUCUCUGGUGUGGCCAAUGCAGAGAGGAUGUGGGGGAGCUGAGUUAUUGGGGAGAUGUCCCUGGCUGGGGAGGAUGAAGUCUGCCUGUGAUCUACUUACCGCUGUCACCUUUUAACACAAAUAUCCUUGUUGUAAGUGAAAUAAAAGAGCAUCCAGGGGAGAGGGGGCAAGAGAGAGAGAGUGAGGCUGCUGUUCUGUAAUAUUUGGCCAUUAUUUGGCGCCCUGCUUUUUAAAUGGGAUCCACCAAUGCCCACACAUUGUUGCUGUGUUUGGUUGUUAGAGCCUGCGUGCUGCUGAUUCACAGAGCCGAGUCCAUGCGAACUGCCAUCUGAUCCCACUCUUAUCAAUGAAGCAAGAGAUCAUGGCGGAUGGCCCCAGGUGUAAGAGGCGAAAACAAGCAAAUCCGAGGAGGAAAAACGGAGGACUUAUCUUGCACAUUGACUCAGAUGAGCAGGACAUUUACCCUCUUCCAGAACAAGACCAAAAUAUUUGUAGGAGAAAAGAAGCAAGUCAUAGUAGUUUUGACUUAUGACAAUGUAGUAGAUACGGGUUCAGAGACUGAAGAGGAGGACAAACUCCACAUUGCUGAAGAUGACAGUAUUACAACCACAUUGGACCAGGAAACAAGUCCAGCCAGCAUGCUCAACCACGAGACUUCUCCCCAAGCCAACCAAGCACUAUUGCCAAGAGACGAAGAGGAAGAUGAAUUGAGGGAAAGAGGAAUGGACCAUAAUUGGCACAACAAUGUUAUUCUGAAAGCCUCUGUAGAUGGUUCUGAUGACAUGAAGGAGGAUUACGACACCUUGGGGCCACAAGUCACGCAUGUAACCACUAUUAACAACGGUACAGUGAAGAAUCCAAAUUGCACUUCAGAUUUUGAGGAAUAUUUCGUUAAAAGAAAAAUGGAUGCUGGAGACAGCAACGGAGUCAGCAUAGCAGAGUACUUGCAGCGGAGUGAUACGGCUAUCAUUUACCCAGAAGCCCCUGAAGAACUUUGCCGCCUGGGAACACCCGAGGCCAACGGACAUGAGGAAAAUGACCUGCCACCUGGAACUCCAGAUGCUUUUGCCCAGCUGCUGACCUGUCCCUACUGCGAACGGGGCUACAAGCGCUUGACAUCGCUGAAAGAGCACAUCAAAUACCGCCACGAGAAGAACGAGGAGAACUUUUCGUGCCCUCUGUGCAGCUACACAUUUGCCUACCGCACCCAGCUUGAACGGCAUAUGGUGACUCACAAGCCAGGCAGAGAUCAGCACGAAAUGUUGACCCAAGGUGCCGGCAAUCGCAAGUUCAAAUGCACAGAGUGUGGUAAAGCUUUCAAAUAUAAACACCAUCUGAAGGAGCACCUGCGAAUUCACAGUGGUGAAAAGCCCUAUGAGUGCCCAAACUGCAAGAAACGUUUCUCCCACUCGGGUUCAUACAGUUCCCACAUAAGCAGCAAAAAAUGCAUUGGCCUAAUAUCGGUAAAUGGCAGAAUGAGAAACAACAUGAAGACAGGUUCAUCCCCCAAUUCAGUAUCUUCUUCUCCUACCAAUUCAGCCAUAACUCAACUACGACACAAGUUGGAGAACGGUAAACCACUGGGUAUGUCUGAACCAUCAGGCUUACUGAAAAUCAAAACAGAAUCAUUAGAUUACAAUGAUUAUAAACUUUUAAUGGCAGCCUCACAUGCAUUUAAUGGUGCUCAUCCAUUCAUGAAUGGUGGUCUUGGUGCAACCAGCCCACUGGGAAUCCAUUCCUCAGCUCCAAGUCCAAUGCAGCACUUAGGUGUAGGAAUGGAAUUGUCAUUACUUGGAUACCCUUCCAUUAACAGUAACUUAAAUGAGGUGCAGAAAGUUCUAGAAAUUGUGGACAAUACAAUUUCUAGGCAGAAAAUGGAAUGCAAGCCAGAAGAAAUUACAAAACUGAAGGGCUAUCAUAUGAAGGAUGGAGGACCUCAACCAGAGGAUCAAGGAGUUACAUCUCCUGGUAACCCUCCAGUAGGUCUUCCAGUAGUUAGUCAUAAUGGUGCCACUAAAAGUAUUAUUGACUAUACUUUAGAGAAGGUUAAUGAAGCCAAAGCAUGUUUGCAGAGCUUGACGACAGAUUCAAGGAGGCAGAUUGGUAAUAUUAAGAAAGAGAAGUUACGUACGUUGAUCGAUCUUGUAAGUGAAGAGAAGAUGUUAGAGAGCCAUCAUAUAUCCACUCCAUUUUCUUGCCAGUUUUGUAAGGAAAGUUUUCCUGGUCCAAUUCCUUUGCAUCAACAUGAAAGAUACUUAUGUAAAAUGAAUGAAGAAAUUAAAGCAGUUCUCCAGCCCAAUGAAAAUAUAAUUCUCAACAAGCAAGGGGUGUUUGCUGAGAAACAAGCACUCCUGUUGUCAUCGGUACUUUCUGAGAAAGGAAUGACAAGCCCCAUAAACCUAUAUAAGGACCACAUGUCUGUUCUAAAAGCAUAUUAUGCCAUGAAUAUGGAGCCCAACUCUGACGAACUACUGAAAAUUUCAAUAGCUGUCGGCCUUCCUCAGGAAUUUGUGAAGGAAUGGUUUGAACAAAGAAAAGUUUAUCAAUAUGCAAAUUCCAGGUCACCGUCUUUGGAAAGGACCAGUGCUGAGAUGGCUCUGGCUACCAUCCUAAAUACUCCCACUAAAGACUCAGCCAGAUCGCCAAUAAAAUCUGUGGACUUUAUAACUUCACAAUCUAUAGCAGAACUUCAUAACCGGGUAUCAAAUUGUGAUACACCUCUCAGGCUAACAAAAUCGAACCAUUUUGCUAGUAUGAAACCAGUUCUUGAUAAAUUGGACCACUCCAGGAGCAACACUCCUUCUCCUUUAAACCUUUCUUCCACAUCUUCUAAAAACUCCCAUAGCAGUUCUUACACUCCAAACAGUUUCUCGUCAGAGGAACUUCAAGCUGAGCCCUUGGACUUAACUGUACCAAAACUAUUGAACGAAUCCAAAACUAUUAUUGCCACAAAGAACAAAUCUAAGCCCAACAACAUUACAGUUGAUCACAAUAGUGUUUCUUUAUCAUCUGAAACUGUAGAUGAGCCACUGAAUUUAACAUACAUCAAGAAGGAAUUUUGUAAUGCUAAUAUGGACAAAAGCACUAGCCCACUAUUUGGUCUAAACCCAUUUAGUGGUAAACCUUUGUAUUCAGCGCUUCCUCCACAGAGCGCAUUCCCACCAGCCACAUUUAUGCCCCCAGUACAGACAGGAAUUCCUGGACUACGAUCUUACCCAGGACUUGAUCAGAUGAGCUUCCUACCACACAUGGCCUAUACUUAUCCAAAUGGAGCUGCCACAUUUGCAGAUAUGCAGCAACGGAGAAAGUAUCAGCGCAAACAAGGAUUUCAGGGUGACUUGCUCGAUGGUACACAGGAUUACAUGUCAGGUCUCGAAGAUAUGACAGAUUCUGACUCCUGUCUGUCCAGGAAAAAGAUUAAGAAGACAGAAAGUGGCAUGUAUGCUUGUGACUUAUGUGAUAAGACAUUCCAGAAAAGCAGCUCUCUUCUGAGACACAAAUAUGAACAUACAGGAAAAAGGCCACACCAAUGUCAAAUCUGUAAAAAAGCAUUCAAACACAAACAUCAUUUAAUAGAACAUUCGCGACUGCACUCUGGCGAGAAGCCGUAUCAAUGUGACAAAUGUGGCAAACGCUUCUCGCAUUCUGGGUCUUACUCACAGCACAUGAAUCAUAGGUAUUCCUACUGUAAGAGGGAGGCAGAGGAAAGGGAAGCUGCAGAGAGGGAAGCACGUGAGAAGGGACAUUUGGAACCCACGGAGCUACUGAUGAAUAGAGCGUAUUUGCAAAGCAUAACUCCUCAGGGCUAUUCUGACUCAGAGGAAAGAGAAAGUAUGCCAAGAGACAGAGGAAGAGAAUUGGAGCAUGAAAAGGAAGGGGACGAUGUUUAUGACAAAUUGAGGAGACAAGUUGGUGAUGAGGAGUUUGAGGAAGAGGAAGAAGAGAGUGAAAAUAAAAGCAUGGACACAGAUCCGGACACAAUUAGAGAUGAAGAAGAGAAUGGUGACCAUUCAAUGGACGAUAGUUCGGAAGAUGGCAAAAUGGAAGCCAAAUCAGAUCAUGAAGAAGAGAUAAUGGAGGAUGGCAUGUAAUUGACUACUGCAUUUUAAGCUUCCUUUGUUUCCAGUAGUAUUGUUACUUGCUUGAAAACACUGCUGUUUUAAGAUGUUUAUGCACGUGCCUGAUGCUUCCAGGAAGCCUGUAUAGAUGAACUGAAGGGGGCAGUUCUGCCAAAAGUCAAAUAAAGUUUGAGUUGGUUAUUGUGAAGAACUGCAUUAUGCAAAAUUUUUGUACAGUAUUAAGGCCUAAAAACUGUGUGGUUCAAGAGACUAAACCCUGUGUUUAAUAGCAUUUAUACUUUAAGCACAAACAAAUAGUUAAUUGUAUGAAUUGCACUCUACUUAUAUAUCACUACAAACUUAAAAAAAAGAAGAUAUUUCUAAUUUAUAUUAAUACAUUUUUUAAAAGAAUAAAAAGUGCCCGCACUGUUGUACACCAGUAUUCCUAUUCCACUUUAAUUUAUGGUGCUCGCACUACGAUAUGUCAGUAUUAUGAUUCCUGCAUUCUCUACUUCAUUCUUCAUGAUUUCCAAAUGUAACCACACAAUUUUAGGCCUGAAUUUUAUUUUUAUAAUGCAAAGGAACGUGAAAAAAUAAGUGUAAUAGAAGUCUUAAAAGGUGUCCGGAUUUCGAAGGAAACGGGAUGAUAAAUAUAAAGAAAGCCUUUGUAAGGUGGUUAAAAAAAAAAAAAAGCCUUAUAUGCAAACCUUUUAAUCUGUGUGUUUCUGCAAGUGCCAUCCUUGUAUAGUGUUAUGAGGGUAACGGGUGUUACCUACGCACCAGCUUCAGUGUUAAGCUCACCCUGUUCUUUGAAGCACCCAUGUCAGUAUUAGAAGAAUAGGCAGCAGUUCCUUAGUUUACAUAUGUUUGUGCAAUUUUUUUCUGUAAUUAUUUUUGUUCAAUUUUGUCAGUAUUACACCAAACUUUUUUUUUUUUUCUGCAAUUUUUUUGCAUUCAUUUAAUUUUUAGGUCAAAUAACAUUUUAUUUAUGUGGCUCAUUUUAUAUUUCCUAAUUUUAUUUAUUUCAUACUGUAGUGUACAGUAUUAUAGUUCUUCAAUAUAGAUAUAUUUUAGUAAAAAAGGAACAUGAAGUUGAUCACUUGGGCAAAUUUUACGUAAAGAAAAGAGCAUUUAUUGUGUUUUUGAACAUUAAAUGUGAAAUUAUGCGAUUUUAUUAUUUUAAUUUUUUGGGGUUUUUUUUCCAAUUACUGGAAAUUCCAAAUUUGGGAACUUUUGAUACGAUCUUGUGAAAACACUGUAUUUUCGACUGAAAAAUUCCAAUUUCUUCAUCUUGUUUUUUAGCUAAAAAAAAAAAAAAAAAGAGGGACUGUUAAAUACAAUGUAUGAUACCAUGAUAAAAAAUUCUUUCCUGAAUUGUCUUUGUAAAAGUAUUAUUGAAUUUUCAAUUUGUAAUUUCUCUUGAAAACGACCAUGCUCGAAUAAAAAUGUAGCCAAACUA